AUGGUCUCCCUCGCCCUGGUGAAGCCGCUGGAGGACGCGCUGCGGGCGGGCCGGGUGCCUGUGGCACGGCCAAGCGUGGAGCCUCUGGCCCGCCGCCUGGCCUCGACGCCCCUGCCUGGCCCGCCGCCAGAGGAGCGCGUGCUUCUGGCAAAGACGGCGGGCCAGCCAGAGAGCUCUGGACAGACGGCGGAGGCGCGGAAGGCACGCGCAGCCGAGCUGGGCCGCUGGCAGACGUGCUUCGCCGCGGGCCUCGAGUCCGACGAGAGCUUCCAGGUGAGAGGUGCCGUGACCGAGGGCACUUACCGGCGAUGCGCGGAGCGCGUGAGAGACUUCCAGAACCACGUCGGGAUCCAGAAGUGGAACGAGCUGAGCGACAGGGACCUCGACGCCCCGGUGGUCGCCCGCCUGGAGGAGAUGUUCUUGGAGGGGCCCGCCAGCCACCACGUGGGCUACCUGCUGGCGGCCCCGGAGGCCUUCGCACCCGCGCUGGGGCGACGCGGCGAGCGGCAGUUGCCGCGAGCACGGCGCGCCCUCUUGGGAUGGCAGAGGCUCUGCCCAGGCCACUCUCGGCCUCCCCACUCGUGGGCGGUGAUAUGCGGGCUGGCGGUGUGGCUGCUGCAACGGGCCCCCCCUCUAAUGGGGCUCUGGCGCAUCGUGAACGCCAGCCUGUACCUGCGGCCGGGAGAGAGCCUGGCGCUGAGAGGGAUGGACUUCUUCCCUCCAACAGGGUGGAGCUCCCCGACCUGGUCAGUUCUGAUCCGAGCAAGGGAGCUCAACAUCCACACCAAGACCAGAGACUUCGACGACUCCGUGCGGUGGGACGUGCCCGAGUUACAAUGGGUGGCCCGCUACUUCGAAGAGUGGCGGGCGGCAAAGGAGACGAAGGUGUGGACCUUCGACUGCAGCGACCUGGCCCUCGACAUCGACGACCUGGUGCCCUACUCCAUGCGGCGCACAGGGUGGUCGUGGGACGUCGCAGUGGGUCGGAGGUCGCUGAGCGAGGUGCAGAAGAGGGGCCGUUGGAGGCCCUUGGUGGUGCUUGAUAUGUUUGCUGGCGUGGCUCGCGUGUCCAAGGCUGUCUCGCAGCUCGGGCACAUCGCAGAGAUUGUUGAUUUCAACAACGGGCCAGCUUUUGAUAUUUCAGACAAGCACGUCCUGAAUCACCUGCUCCACACAAUUCGACGCAGCUCUUUUGAUGGCGGGAUGGUGGCCCCACCAUGCACAACCUUCAGUAUCGCCCGUCACCCAGCCUUGCGCCUGGCCGCCUGUCCUUGGGGGAUCCCCGAGGCUGCAGGGCACCCACAACUGGUGCAGGCGAAUUUGGUGACGAGGGCCGCGCUGCGGGCAAUGCGAAGCUGCUGGUCUCGCAAGAUCCCUUUUGCUGUCGAGAACCCGCAGACCAGUUUGUUUUGGAAGCUGCCAGAGAUUGCCCACCUCACAUCCAAUAAGAAUAGCUACCCGAUGAUUACCGACCUGUGCCAGCGGGGGGCCCCAUGGAAGACGCCGACCACCGUCUGGCAGGAUUUUUUCGACAAGUCCUUGACCGAAGUUGGUCGCAUAUUGUGGAUUUGGGUGGAGCUGGCCAGCUUUAAGAUGGGUUUCUCCGUCUUCUACCUGGCUCCCACUAGAUGGAGCGACGGAGGCGGCCCCUGCGAGGUGGAGGCGGGCCAGCUGCGCGUGGCCAUCGAGCGCAGCCUGCUGGACUGCGCGCUGGCCCUCCGAGUCGAGAGGGCGCGCUGGCGAGGCGGCGGGGCGGGCGGCGAGCCCGCGCCCGAGGAGGUCCUGGGCGUCCCCCGCGGCGCCAGCCCAGAGGAGGUGAAGGCCGCGUACCGGGAGAAGGCGAAGGCGGCGCACCCUGACAAGGGCGGGGACCCCGGCGCCUUCUGCCGGCUGCAGCAGGCCUACCUCGCUCUGACCGGCAGAGCGCCUGGCGGCGAGGAAGGCUCGGCGGGCGGCCUGCUGGCGCUGCCGCCCGCGGGCGCGGCGAAGGACUUCGAGCUGCGGGAGCACCGCACGCUCGUGGAGUCCUGGUUCCGCGAGCACGGCGAGGACCUCGGCGUGCACGUCGCGAAGCAGAAGGCGCCCCCGGGCCAUCGUGGCGCUCGGGUUGGAGACCUGCGACGUGGGGUCUGUCAACCGGAACGAGAAGGGCGAGCAGAUGCACAACCAGUGUUUCUACCUCUCGCUGGCGCGGGCUUAUCUUCGAGCGACAGGAGGCCACUCCUCGAGGAGACGGCCCUCCACUUCAAGAGGAUCAUCGAGGCGGCCGUGCUGGCGGCCCACCCCGACUGGGGCGGUCAGCGCGUCGGCGAGGACGUGCAGGCUUUCAGCGACUUCCUGUUUUUCGUGCUUCACUCCCAUGCGCUCCUGUCCGAGCUCGCGGUGGCGGUCUUCGACUCCGUGAGCGGUGGCAUUGAGAUCUACAGGGGGAAGCACUACCCCUCGGGGCCGCAUAGGGAGGCGGAGUGCCGCGCCAACCUGCUCGCUAUCUGCUACGUGCCUGGGCACUACAUGGCCCUCGUCCCGCAGACGCCAGGGAGGGGCCCCACGCUCGAGGAGCUGCAGGCAAAGCUGGCCGAGCACGACGUCCUGUACGUGCUGACGGACGGGUAG